GCAGGCAAGUGCUGCAUCUCCAACUUACCCUGAAUUCAAGUAUAUGUACCUUUCCAGACACCGCGCGUCGACCCCAGGUAUCCUCCGCCAAUUCCUUUCAAAUGGUCCAAUUAUAAAAUCGCCAACGGCCUCUACUAGAUACUCCGCAUCGCGAACUUCGCCGGUUGGAGAGGAAGCUGUGAUGUUCAAGAAAGCCGUCAAGGAACAUUCAGUAGCGUCGGCGACUCCGCUACAAUCCACGCUUACACGCAGCAACAAUGGGAAUGCUUCAAUGAGACCCCCGCCGCCGUCCGCAGGGGUCAAGCGCAAAAUCGAGAUGGCUACCGUGCGAGAGUCUAAUCUGGGGUCCCUCCACGAUGGCGUCUACUUCGACGAGAACGACUUUGACGACGAUGACGACCUGGACUUUGAGGAACCCGAUCCAUUCAUCCCCCGGCCCCUAUAA